AUGGCGACGUCGCACAGGAACGGAGGAGACCGGCUGAGCGCUCUCCCCGACAAGGCGCUAGAGCGCGUGCUCUCCCACCUAAUGUCCGACGAGGCCGUGCGCACCAGCGGGCUCGCCCGGCGAUGGCACCACGUCUACGAGGGCGUCCCCGUCGUCCACCUCGUCGACACCAAGUCAGGCGAACGGCACGGCGGCGGCGGCGGCCGCAAGGUCUGCUUCGACCACCAGGUGACGAGCACGAUCGUGGGCAAGGCCGCGGAGACGCCGAUCCGCACCUUCCGAGUCACCGUGCUCCACCCCCCGUACGACCUGCUCGACCAGUGGAUCGCCACCGCCGUGAAAUCCGGCGUGGAGGACCUCGACGUCAAGCUCAGGUACUGGGACGAGGCCAUGAACACGCUCUGCCCCUUCCUCCGUUGCCCGUACAGCGGAGAUAAGCACUCGGCGGACUUCGACGAACACAGCAGGGGCAGGUUCACCACGACGCACCCCCACAUCUUCCGCUGCCCUACACUCCGGCGGCUGCGGCUGGCCAACUGGACGCUCGAUCUGCCGGGAAGCGUGGACAUGGCGUUGCUGGACACGCUCUGCCUUGCGAGGAUCAUGGACCCCUACGGGGAGCUGCAGCAGCUGAUCUCCGCCUGCCCCCUCAUCACCAAACUGACGCUGGAGGAGUGCCCGACCAUCAAGGAGAUAGCCGUGACGCCCGCCCGCCUGCGGAGCUUCACCAUGAUCUGCUGCCACAACGCCACCAGCGUCGAUCUUCGCAGCACAUGCCUGCAGUCGCUGCACUACAAAGGCGGCCUCCCUGCUCGUGAUGCACCGUUCAUCGCCGUCGCCGACUAUGAAGGAAUCAUGGCGGUGAAGAUUGAAAUCUGCGGAAAACUCAACGGGACUGAUCGAGACGACCUUGCUCCGGUCACAAGGCUCAUCGGCCAGUGCACCAAGCUGGCGUAUCUCCACCUGUCCUUGCGCCCGUCAAUGGCCUACAACAGCAGUCUGUUCGCCAGCGUCCUGCGCGGACUGCAUAGCCUCACGCACCUGAGCCUCCAGGGCUGCCUGCCCACCGAAGACGCCGUCCGGUCCGUCUCUGCUUUGCUUGUCGACGCCAAGAACCUGAAAGUACUGUCGCUGUUUCCUCUGGGUCCAGAGCCUCCAAAGAACAAGAGUAUGCGGAUGUACAGGGACCAAGACGAUGACGACGAUGACAAAUCAGAUUCAGAUAGUGAGCCAGAAGAGGGCCCGGCCGUCAGCAAUGGCGUCCAGUACCGAAUGCCCAAGACUCUGUGGAAGACGCACGUCAGGUGCUUGGCUUACAGGGUGAGAAGAAUCAACAUUGGAAAUUUCGAAGGGCGGCCUCUCGAGAAGAUGCUUGCAAGGUUUCUGCUCUCCAGGGCGGGAGCGUUGGAGGAAUUGUCUGUUACCUUAGCAGCUGAAGUUCAUCCACACAAGGAUGAGAUUACAAAAGAGUUAAUAUCCUGGCGACAAAAUCGCCGUACUAGAGUAAUAUGCAAGUAG